ACACACAGAUCCCUAUAAGGCAGGGAGGGAAUGCUACCCAUUUCCCAGCAUAUAUGUUGCUCAAUGAAAUCCAUUCUCUUUGUUCACCAUAUUUAAUAAUAAAUAAAUAAAAAACUGAACAAAGAGUUACUGUAAUAAUAGAAGAUGAUGUCCAUGAAAGACGAUAACAACACCAACUGGUUAGGGUUUAAUGGCGAUUUCAUCUCUCCCCUCUCCAUACUUCCUCUCAACUCACAAGCUGGUUCUUCCCCCAAGCUGGAAGACUUCUUAGGAAUCACAACAAUGGCGGCAGCUACUCACCACCAUGAAAGCGCGUCGUUUUACGACCAAGAACAAUUCAGACAACACCAUUAUUAUAAUAAUAAUAAUAAUUCUGGGCCAAACGAGAGUAGUACGGGAUUCAACUACACACAGAUCCCAACAAUAUUAACCGAGGCAGUUGAGUUUCCAUGCUUGAAAACAUGGAUAGAUGAUAACUCAACCAUGGUUGAAGAUUACACCAACAGCAACAAGGGUUCUGGUGGUGCUGUAAAUAAUGUAAUGGGGUGUGGUGAUGAGUUACAGUCGUUGACUUUGUCAAUGAGCCCUGGCUAUUCUCAGUCAAGCUGUGUUACUGCACAAAUCUCACACACAAACACCUCCCACUGUGUGUCCAUGUCCAAUGAUGAAAUUGCUACUAAGAAAGUUUCUCAGAAAAAAACUGUUCAUCGGAAAUCUAUCGACACUUUCGGACAGAGAACUUCUCAGUAUAGAGGUGUAACUAGGCAUCGUUGGACAGGUAGAUAUGAAGCUCACUUAUGGGAUAAUACUUGCAAGAAAGAGGGCCAGACUAGAAAAGGAAGACAAGUUUAUCUUGGAGGAUAUGAUAUGGAAGAGAAAGCUGCUAGAGCUUAUGAUCUUGCUGCCAUCAAAUACUGGGGCCCGUCGACACAUAUCAACUUUCCGGUGGAAAACUACCAUCAAGAACUUCUGACAAUGAAGAACAUGAGCCGACAAGAAUUCGUCGCUCACUUACGAAGGAGGAGUAGUGGAUUUUCAAGAGGUGCUUCAAUUUACAGAGGUGUCACAAGGCAUCAUCAGCAUGGAAGAUGGCAAGCUAGAAUCGGCCGUGUUGCGGGCAACAAGGACCUCUAUCUCGGAACUUUCAGCACACAAGAGGAAGCGGCCGAAGCGUACGAUGUAGCUGCAAUAAAAUUCCGUGGGGUAAACGCAGUUACUAACUUCGACAUAUCCCGAUACGCGGUUGAGAAAAUCAUGGAGAGCAACACUCUGCCAGCUGGCGCGAUAGCGAGGCGUAACAACGAGAAGGUUGUGGAGACUAAUACCGAUCAAGAGAUGAUUAGUAUAAUUAGUACGCCACAUGAUCCGAGAAGUGAGGUUUGUGCUAAUCAAGAUCACGAGUAUAAUUACCAAAACGCGAUGGUGAUUAGCAAUAAUAAUUCUCCCAUGACAUCGUCUUUGGUUACGAGCUUGAGCAGCAGCUCGAGGGAAGCUAGCCCGGUUCAAAACGGCGGGCCCCACAAGCCCCCGAGUAGUAAUGUGAAUCCAUGGUUUAGUAAUAAUCCAUCCGAUCUUCAAUUGAGGGCUUUUUCACUCGGGGAGAAUUGCUUGCCUAUUUUCGGUUCUUGGAUCGAGUAACUUUCGUGUUUUUUCUUUUUUUUUGCAUGGACUUAAAAAGCUAAGAAAGUAGAACUUUUUUUGUGCAAUUUUCAAAUCAAGAUUAUGCAAAAUGGAGGGAAUGAAAUUUGAGAGAGGUCUCUCUCUCUCAUAUGAUUAUUAAUA